AUGCUCGGCCUCAGCCUCUUCGCCGUCAUCGUCGCCGCCACCAUCGUGGUCCUGGUCCGCCGGCUGCGCCUUAAGAAAAUACCGGCGCAGGGGACGCCGAAAUAUCGCUUCCGAAAACGGGACAAAAUGCUCUUCUACGGCCGCAAGAUCAUGCGCAAGGUCUCCCAAUCCACUUCCUCCUUGGUGGACACCACCAUCUCCAGCGCUUCGCGGCCGCGCAUGAAGAAGAAGUUGAAGAUGCUCAACAUCGCCAAAAAGUUCCUGCGUAUCCCGAAGGAGCUGCCCACGCUGCAGUUGAAGGAACCUCCGCCCUCGGUGCUGGAAGCCGACUUGACCGAAUUCGACGUGGCCAAUUCUCAUCUACCUUCUGAGGUUCUCUACAUGCUCAAAAAUGUCCGGGUGCUGGGUCACUUUGAGAAGCCGUUGUUCCUGGAGCUUUGCAAGCACAUGGUUUUCCAGCAGUGCCAACAAGGUGACUACGUUUUCCGCCCCGGACAACCCGAUACUAGUAUCUACGUGCUGCAGGACGGCAAGUUGGAGCUCUUCCUCACCGAACCGGAUGGGAAGGAGACGGUGAUGAAGGAGGUGUUCCCCGGGGACAGCGUGCACAGUCUGCUCAGCAUCCUUGAUGUCAUCACGGGCCACCAGCGACCGUACCGGACGGUGUGCGCCCGUGCGGCAGAGGACUCCACCGUUCUACGGCUGCCGGUUGAAGCCUUCUCAGCCGUCUUCGAGAAGUACCCCGAGAGUUUGGUGCGGGUGGUACAGAUCAUCAUGGUGCGUCUACAGCGCGUCACCUUCUUGGCUUUGCACAACUACCUUGGGUUGACGAACGAGCUCUUCAGCCACGACAUGCAACCGCUACGGCUCUUCCCCCAACCCGGCCACGCCGCCAGACCACCACCACCACCACCACCCCCCCCCAUCGUCACAGGCAUCCAGAAGGGUCCCCGCUCCGACUUCGACAUGGCCUACGAGCGCGGCCGCAUCUCGGUGUCGCUGCAGGAGGACAGCACCGGCGCUUUGGCCGCCUUCUCCCGGUCGGUGACGGUGGAGGAGCAACCCUCUGGUGUCUACCACUACAACUACUGCGAGGACGAUUCGGCAACUGGGACCUGUCCUUUCGGGCCCUACCAGGGCCGCCAGACCAGUGCCAUCUUCGAGGCUGCCAAACAGGAACUGGUCAAGCUCAUGAAGGUGAAGGACGUGAGCCUCCACUUCGUGCUGUGGGGCUGUCUGCACGUGUACCAGCGCAUGAUCGACAAGGCGGAGGACGUCUGCCUCUUCUUGACGCAACCCGGUGAGAUGGUGGGACAGCUGGCGGUCCUCACCGGCGAGCCCCUCAUCUUCACCAUCAAAGCCAACCGCGACUGCACUUUCCUCAAAAUCUCCAAGUCGGACUUCUACGAGAUCAUGCGGGAGCAACCCAGCGUGGUGCUGAGCGUCGCCCACACCGUGGCCGCCCGCAUGUCGCCCUUCGUGCGCCAGAUGGACUUUGCCAUCGACUGGAUGGCGGUGGAGGCCGGCCGGGCGCUCUACAGGCAGGGUGACAAGUCGGACUGUACCUACAUCGCGCUCAACGGGCGCCUCCGCUCCGUCAUCCAGAAGGGCAGCGGCAAGAAGGAGCUCAUCGGGGAGUAUGGCCGCGGAGACCUCAUCGGCGUGGUGGAAGCCCUCACCCGGCAACCCCGUGCCACCACGGUCCACGCGGUCCGGGACACGGAGCUGGCCAAGCUGCCUGAGGGCACCUUGAACAACAUCAAGCGCAGAUACCCCCAGGUUGUCACCCGCCUCAUCCACCUCCUGAGCCAGAAGAUCUUGGGAAACCUUCAGCAGCUCCGCGGACCCUUUGCGAGUUCUGGCUUGGGCAUGGCCUCCAGUUCGGAGCCCACCAACCCCACCAGUAACCUGUCGACGGUGGCGGUGCUGCCGGUGUGCGACGAUGUGCCCACGGCUGCCUUUACGCUGGAACUCAAACACGCGCUCAACGCCAUCGGUCCCACGCUGCUCCUCACCAGCGACAUCAUCCGUGCCCGUCUCGGUUCCUCGGCGCUGGACAGCAUCCAGGAGUACCGCCUCUCAGGCUGGCUGGCGCAGCAGGAGGACAUCUACCGCAUCGUCCUGUACCAAACCGACUGUACCCUGACGCCGUGGACCGUCCGCUGCAUCCGUCAAGCCGACUGCAUCCUCAUCGUAGGGUUGGGCGACCAAGAACCGGCACUGGGAGAGCUGGAACAGAUGCUGGAGAACACGGCGGUGCGUGCGUUGAAGCAGUUGGUCCUCCUGCACCGCGAAGAUGGUCCCAGCCCUUCCCGCACCGUUGAGUGGCUCAACAUGCGCAGUUGGUGCUCGGGUCACCUCCAUAUCAGGUGUCCCCGGCGCGUCUUCUCCCGCCGUAGCCCUACCAAACUGCGGGAGAUGUACGAGAAGGUGUUUGAGAAGAGCGCUGACCGGCACAGCGACUUCUCCCGGCUGGCACGGGUCCUCACCGGCAACACCAUCGCCCUCGUCCUGGGGGGCGGUGGAGCCAGAGGUUGCUCGCACAUCGGGGUGAUCAAAGCGAUGGAGGAGUCGGGGAUCCCCAUCGACAUGGUGGGUGGCACCUCCAUCGGCGCCUUCAUCGGGGCGCUCUACGCCGAGGAGCGCAGCGCCGUCCGCACCAAGCAGCGGGCCCGCGAGUGGGCCAAGUGCAUGAAUUCAACGUUCAAGACCGUCCUGGACCUCACCUACCCCAUCACCUCCAUGUUUUCGGGCUCAGCCUUCAACGCCAGCAUCAACAAGGUUUUCCAGGACAAGCAGAUCGAGGACCUGUGGCUGCCCUACUUCAACGUCACGACCGACAUCACGGCCUCGGCCAUGCGGGUGCACACGGACGCCCUAACCCUCUGGCGAGCGCAGCGAGCCAGUGCGUCUUAUCCCCCUUCCCUGCCUCCGCUCUGCGACCCCAAGGACAGCCACUGGCUUGUGGACGGCUGCUAUGUUAACAAUGUCCCAGCCGACAUCGCCCGCAACAUGGGUGCCAAGACGGUGAUCGCCAUCGACGUGGGCAGCCAGGACGAGACGGACCUGUGCAACUAUGGGGACAGCCUGUCUGGCUGGUGGCUUCUCUGGAAACGUCUCAACCCCUGGGCUGAAAAAGUCAAGGUGCCCGACAUGGCGGAGAUCCAGUCCCGCCUGGCCUACGUGUCGUGCGUGCGGCAGCUGGAGGUGGUGAAGUCCAGCUCAUACUGCGAGUACAUCCGCCCCCCCAUCGACCGCUUCAAGACCAUGGAUUUCCGCAAGUUUGAUGAGAUCUACGACGUGGGCUACCAACACGGCAAAGUGGUCUUCGACGGUUGGAGCCGGGGUGACAUCAUUGAGAAGAUGGUGAAGGACCGGCGCUCGGCCGACUUCUACGAGAGCAAACGCAUGGAUGUUCUCACGUGUCCCAGCGCCGGUUUCACCGACCUGGCGGAGAUCGUGUCCCGCAUUGAGCCGGCCAAACCCUACUUGUCCGACGGAUACGCAGACGGUGAGCUGGAGGAGGAGUCUGACUACCUCACCGAGUACGAGGACGAGGGGCCGGAGCCAACACGGGGCGAGGAGGACGCGUUCGCCCCCGCCGAGUGGGCCGGCGCCGGCGUCUUGGAGGCUCUCUCUGUGCUCUUGGGGACACCCUGA